AAAAAUUACAGCUUGGCAUCGUUGUUUUCCUGCCUCAACGUGGAGCUCAUUCUGCUCACCUAACUGCUCACUGCUCACUGUUCUGCUCAGCUGUCACCCCUCUUGGUUACUGAACGUUCGAUCUUGCUCCAUUGUAUAACAGAUUAAAAAUGGUGAACAGCGCUGUAAAUGAAGCAUUGUCUCGCGAAACAGUCUGGUAUGAGAAGUUUCGUUAUGAAGAUGCGGAACGUCAGUUCCAAGAAAUCUUGGCAAAGGGUUCAACAGGACCAGCAUCCUGUUCAGUUGUUGCUGAAAUAAUGAAAGCCAGGGAUCAGAUUAAAAGCUCACUUGCUGCUGUUGAGGAUUUACCUUCCUCUGGUUCUGCCAUUCCAUCUAAUGUGACCAGUCGACUCCAACAACUGGAGCAGGAAAAUAAAGAUUUGAAAAAAGUUACCGAUGAUCUCCGUUCAUUGGUGCUGAGUUUGGAGUCCAGGGUCAAGAGUUUGGAAAGCUCGAAACCUGGAGCAGCAGUUCAAGCACCAAAACCUAGUGCUCCUCAACCAGCACCUCCAGCUAAAGCAGCAGCAAAACCUGAUGAUGAUGACGAUGAUGAUGUUGAUCUGUUUGGAUCUGAUGAAGAAGAUGAGGAUGCUGAAAGAAUCAAACAGGAACGUGUUGCAGCAUAUGCUGCUAAAAAAUCUACAAAACCUGCUCUGAUUGCCAAAUCCAACAUCAUUUUGGAUGUUAAACCGUGGGAUGACGAAACCGAUAUGGCUGAAAUGGAGCGUCGUGUGCGUGAAAUUACGUCCGAUGGCCUCCUUUGGGGCACUUCCAAGUUGGUUCCACUGGCAUAUGGAAUCAAGAAACUCCAGAUUUCCACAGUCGUCGAAGAUGAUAAAGUGUCUGUUGACUGGCUGACUGAAACUAUCCAAGAAAUUGAAGAUUUAGUCCAGUCUGUUGAUAUUGCUGCCUUUAACAAGAUUUAAAUUGUUUCAAGCAACAUCACUGAGAAAUCUGCAAUUACUAUUGCGUAACUUGUGGAAAUAAAAAAUAACAGCUUUAAGGGCAUCAAA